AUGAUUUUCUUCUCUAUCGUCUGCUACUUUCUCAGUGUUUUUCGAAUUGUAAGUGCCGAUUGUGCGCCAGGAGACGUCAAAAACACCCAGGAGAAUUGUGUGCACGUGGAAAAUGUGGCGGCGUGAGUUGGGAAGGAGUGGCAGAGGAGAGAGAAAUUGGAAUUGUUUCAGAUCGUGGCAGGAGGCCGAGAACUUCUGCACAGCUCACAAUGGACAUUUGGCGUCGGUGCACAACGCAUUCGACAUGACUUCAUUGAGAAGUAAGGGAAUCUGAGGACAUUAAUGGUAAGAAAUAUGUAAUUCAGAAGUGGCUGGGAUGUGCUCAACAUUCUGGCUGGGAGGACAAUGUCAAUCGGGAGCCAAUUGCCAAUGGAUCGACGGAACUGACUUCGACUACACCAACUUUAGAAAUGGAAACUCCGGAACGGACAAUUGUGUGGUUGCGGACACGAGAUCAGGUACAUUCGAGCCUAGUACUUUCGGUCUAAAAGACAACAUUUCAUUCUCGGAAGUUUACAGGAACUUGGAACACGCAAGCUUGUGACGCGAAGAUCUGCAUUGCCUGCGAAAUAGCGGGAGCGAUGAACAAUUGUCAGGACUGGAUGGCGGCGGGAUAUACCGAGUACGGGCGGUCGAAAACAAACAAAUAUGUAUGCGUUUCUUGAUUUCUUUUUCAGUUCCGGGAAGUACACUAUCUUGGUGAACGGGAAGGAGACGGAAGUGUGGUGCGACAUGCAAACCUACGGAGGCGGAUGGAUUCUCUUCCAAAAGUACACUUUGAUACUAUAGUUCUCAUCUUUUAAAGUUCUUUUUAUAGUCGUAUUGAUGACACGGAGACGUACUGGAAUCGCAAGUGGGACGAGUACAAAAACGGAUUCGGGGACACGGAUGUGAGCGCCAAUUUCUGGCUGGGAAACGAGGCACUCCACGCGCUGACUUCUGAUGCAAAUGUGACUCUUCGAGUGGAAAUGUACGGGGAUCGGACGCCCAAUUCGCAAAACGCAACGGACUUUUGGUUCAGUCACUAUUUCCAGUUCACUGUUAGUUCGUACUGGAAGUUUACAAACAUUCUGAUCAUUACAAUUUACGCAGAUUGGUCCCGAGGCUCAAAAUUAUCCCCUGAACUUGGUGAUGGAUUGGUGGAACGUGGUGGGGAAUGCGUCAACGGCUUGGUACGAUCUGACCUGCUCGGCGGGAGCCCCCUUCUCCACCAUCGACAACAUCCACGACCCGGUGAAGGAGUGCGUAACCAAGUAUGAAAUGGGGUGAGUUCUGCGCUUCCCUAUUUUUGUUUUUCUUUUCGCACUGCUCCUGGCCAAUUUCCGCCCUUUCAGCGGCUGGUGGCUUAACAACUGUGCCCUUUCCACACUCAAUGGCGCAUACAAUCCAAAGGACUGGACGAACGGAUACGGCAUGUUUUGGAUUUGGGACGGCUCCGAGACUAUUCUACACCCGCAAAAGACCCGAAUGCUGCUGAGAAACACCGUUUAA